AGAUUUGAGGAUUCACUUGAUUUACUCAGUAUAGUAUUGACAUUUCCUACAGAUCACGUCGCAUCACGUUGUACAAAUAUCGUGCAGUAGAAAAACUGUUUUUAUAAAUUUUUCGUUUUCUUUUCGAGUCUCAUGUUCCGGAAAAUGCAGAUGGUAACAAGUGACCUUGUUGUACCGGUCAUAAUUUUCCUUUUAAAAAUUAGCGAAACAAAUGCAGCCUGUUACUGGAAUGGUGAUAGUUGUUUGAUCUAUUGCAUAAAUAUGAAUGCAGACAGCAUUCACGAACCAAUUGAAAACUUAUAUGCUCAGAGAGAAGCUUGUCACGAUCAAUUAACAUUGAGACUCCGGACACUAUCAUAUCCCAAUAGCACGAUUGACUCGUUUUGGUUUAACGCUGAUGUGAAAGUAGCUGCACUGGAGGUUCAUUUAAAUGAAGUCCGAAGUAUAUCAGCUGAUGCAUUCAAUGCAGAGGCUUUCCGAAGAGUACAGAGACUUACAUUCCUAAAUUUUGAAUUGCCGUUGUUUGUAAAUGGAACCUUUAGUGGUUUAGAUGCGUUGGAGGUAAUUAAUAUCAAUUCAGCUAUGGGUGUCAGUAGGAUCGAACCAGGAGUUUUGGAUAGUCUCACUGAACUGCAGGAAUUUACAUUCGAGCAAACACUAAGAACUAAUCCAGAAUUGAAUAUUAAUGGUUUAACCGGCUCAGCCGUUCUAUCGAAUUUGGAAUACGUGAAAAUCAGAUACAACUUAGCCAGUUCAAUUAAGAAAUCGACUUUCAUCGGUUUAAAAAACGUAAGACGCCUUGAUUUGUCAUCGUGCCAAAUAAAUUCGAUUGAAGACAACUCAUUUGAUCCGAUCAGCGAAACGAUAGAGGAAUUGGACUUAAGUGGAAACGCAUUAACUACUGUCACCUAUGGAGUGUUCAGUAUGACCCUACCUAACAUUAAAACCAUAAACAUUGAUGGAAAUAGUUGGAAUUGUGUUUGUGACUUGAUGGCAUUUCGAUUAUUCAUCGAACAAUAUCAAGAGAAUUUCAUCGGUUUCGAUUGUGCCUCACCAACCCAUUGUAGGAUAUCCAACAUCUUGGAGUCGGAUUGCUUUGAUACUUGUGAAAUGCCUACAACUACAACAUCAUCUACAUCUACCACAACAACUACGACUACCACCACAACAACAACUACUACAACAACCACCACUUCUCCUGAUACAAAUUUCAUGAUAGAAUGUCUAAGUUCUAGUCCUAAUGAUCUGGCAAUAUCAGACACUGUAUCAAUUGAACGACCGAUUGGUUACAUGACCAUUAUCGAAAACGAAUAUGGAGAGACAAAUUUGAAUAUCGAAACCGAACAGGAUGUAAAUUCAUUGGUUGUAAUUCGGUUUAGUGAAAAGGAAAACACUGGUGAGAUUGAAGAUGGCAAAGGGAUAAAUUGUCUUAGGCGGAGUAAUGCUUGGUCCAUUCCGAUAACUGAUUUAAAGACCGAUGUCACAUAUUCGUAUUGUUUGAUGCGAAAAACGAGCACUAGUGUAUCCCCAUUAGACUGCAUAUCGUAUACUAAAAGACAAGAUCACACGAGUGCGGUUUGGUUGUCCGAAAGUAGUAAAGCAUUGACGAUCACUCUGGCAGUCGUAUUCCUUUUACUGAGUGUUUUACUUGGAAUGGUAAUCGCAUUCUGUUUGAUGGGACACAAUCCUUUUUCAAAAAGUAAUCAGCAAUCCAAAAUGUUGAAGGAACCCAGACAUGCAUUAAGUUACGGUGUUGAUCAUAAUACGCUUACCGACAAACCAUCAAAUUUGAUCACCAGAAACACAAUGCAAACAGAUAUUUCUGGUCAGAAUGAUACACUCAAUUGUCCGCCGCCUUCUGAACGGCCUCCGAAACUAUGUGAAGAAUCAAUUUAUCCAUAUUAUGCAACCGUCGAAGAAAAACAGAAAUGAAAUUACGCGACCCUAGUGAAAACUGAAACUCCUACAAGUCGUGUUAGGACCUUGAUAUCCAUUUUGAACU